AGGGUCACGUGAUCCCUUUCAAAGAUGGCCGCCCUGUUGUUUUGAUGAAUAAUACUUGGUGGGGCGAGGGGGUAAGAGUAGGGUUGGAGGGGUAGGAGGAUUUACGCUCACACCGAGAGCUUCGCCAGUCCCAGCCCUCCCCUCCCCCUACCAGGGUUCUUGCGUGGAGGCGGGGCGAGCCUGGCCUGCUUUUAGAGGGGAGGGGCUUCCCGGUACGGUGCUGGCUCUGCCUGGGCUGCUGUGGGGUCGCCGCGCCUCGGGGGCAUCCAGUGUGCAGAGGAGCCGUUCCCGCCAGGGGCCAGGGGUGGGACCCGGAGCAGGGUCUGCGGGAGAAAAACGCAGCUGCCGCGUCACCGCCACGAAGACACGGCGCGCAGCGGGCACGAGCCGAGCUGAAGACCGCGCCGCCCGCUCUGGGUAACCUGGGAAGCUGAGGGGAGUCAGUGGCGCCUGGAGAGGACCCCGUAGCAGCGGCCGUGGCCAGAGGGGGCGGCUCGGGGCUAUUGCAGCUGGAGGAGGCUGGGGCGAUCCGAGGGACCGAAGCCAAGGCGAUUCAGUGCCUCGUGUUCUUAGUUUUUAACCUCUGACUAUGCAAUUCUGAAACCUCCCCCACCGGGGACCAGACAGUCCGAUAGAUACCUUCCACUCUCCUUUGCUCCCGCCCCGGUCUCAAGAACUGAGGAUCUCUUCCCUAACGCCUUUCACCAUUAAGAGGAAAGCGAUGGAGGAGCUGAGCGCUGACGAGAUUCGACGGAGGCGCCUGGCACGACUUGCUGGUGGACAGACCUCCCAACCAACCACCCCGCUUACGUCUCCCCAGAGGGAGAACCCUCCGGGACCUCCGAUACCUGCAUCAGCCCCAGGCCCCUCCCAGAGUCUUGGUCUCAAUGUCCACAACAUGACCCCAGCUACCUCCCCGAUAGGUGCAGCAGGAGUUGCCCACCGGAGCCAGAGCAGUGAAGGAGUCAGCUCUCUCAGCAGCUCGCCGUCCAACAGCCUGGAGACGCAGUCUCAGUCCCUCUCCCGUUCCCAGAGCAUGGACAUCGAUGGUGUCUCCUGUGAGAAAAGCAUGUCUCAGGUGGAUGUGGAUUCGGGCAUUGAGAACAUGGAGGUGGAUGAGAGCGACCGGAGAGAGAAGAGGAGCCUGAGUGACAAGGAGCCGUCUUCAGGUCCUGAAGUGUCUGAAGAGCAGGCCUUACAGCUGGUCUGUAAGAUCUUCCGUGUCUCUUGGAAGGACCGGGACAGAGACGUCAUCUUCCUUUCCUCUCUGUCUGCGCAGUUUAAGCAGAACCCGAAAGAAGUGUUCUCUGAUUUUAAGGAUCUGAUUGGCCAGAUUUUAAUGGAAGUACUGAUGAUGUCGACUCAGACACGAGAUGAAAAUCCAUUUGCCAGUCUGACAGCCACAUCCCAGCCUAUUGCCACGGCAGCUCGGUCACCUGAUGGAAAUCUCAUGCUGAACGCUGGCUCCAAUUCAGGAACAAGCCCCAUGUUCUGCAGCUUGGGCUCCUUCAGUGCCAGCUCGUUGUCUAGUUUGGGAGCCUCUGGUGGAGCAAGUAACUGGGACUCGUACAGUGAUCAUUUCACCAUUGAAACCUGCAAGGAGACAGACAUGCUGAACUACCUCAUCGAGUGUUUCGACCGAGUUGGAAUAGAGGAAAAAAAAGCGCCAAAGAUGUGCAGCCAGCCAGCAGUCAGCCAGCUCCUGAGCAACAUCCGCUCGCAGUGCAUCUCCCACACCGCGCUAGUGCUGCAAGGGUCCCUCACACAGCCCAGGUCCUUGCAGCAGCCGUCCUUCCUUGUGCCGUAUAUGCUGUGCAGGAAUCUCCCGUACGGCUUCAUUCAAGAACUGGUGAGGACCACUCACCAGGAUGAAGAAGUGUUCAAGCAGAUCUUUAUCCCUAUUUUACAAGGCCUGGCUCUUGCUGCCAAAGAGUGCUCCCUCGAUAGUGACUACUUUAAAUAUCCCCUCAUGGCACUAGGUGAACUCUGUGAAACCAAGUUUGGGAAGACACACCCGGUGUGCAGUUUGGUCGCCUCUUUGCCUCUGUGGUUGCCGAAGUCCUUAAGCCCUGGUUCUGGGCGGGAGCUGCAGAGACUCUCCUACUUAGGGGCCUUCUUUAGCUUCUCAGUCUUUGCAGAGGAUGAUGCAAAGGUGGUUGAGAAAUACUUCUCAGGGCCCACCGUGACCCUGGAGAACACCCGUGUCGUCAGCCAGUCCCUACAGCAUUACCUGGAGCUGGGACGGCAAGAGCUUUUCAAGAUACUGCACAGUAUUUUGUUAAAUGGUGAAACUCGUGAAGCUGCCCUCAGUUACAUGGCGGCCGUUGUCAAUGCCAAUAUGAAGAAAGCCCAAAUGCAGGCGGAUGAUCGAUUGGUCUCUACAGAUGGCUUUAUGCUGAAUCUCCUGUGGGUCCUGCAGCAGCUAAGUACAAAAAUCAAGUUAGAAACAGUCGACCCCACUUACAUAUUCCACCCAAAGUGUCGGAUUACUCUCCCGAAUGAUGAGACACGAAUAAAUGCAACGAUGGAGGAUGUGAAUGAGUGGCUGGCUGAGCUCUAUGGAGAUCAGCCUCCGUUUUCUGAGCCAAAAUUCCCUACGGAAUGUUUCUUUCUCACCCUGCACGCUCACCACCUCUCUAUUCUGCCUAGUUGUCGUCGCUACAUCCGAAGACUCCGAGCCAUCCGAGAGCUCAAUAGAACCGUGGAAGAUUUGAAAAAUAAUGAAAGCCAGUGGAAAGAUUCCCCACUGGCCACCAGACACCGAGAAAUGCUAAAGCGCUGUAAAACUCAGCUAAAGAAACUGGUACGGUGCAAGGCCUGUGCUGACGCUGGCUUACUUGACGAGAGCUUCCUGAGAAGAUGUCUGAAUUUUUAUGGCCUUCUCAUUCAGCUGCUGCUCCGCAUCCUGGACCCUGCAUAUCCCGACGUAACACUGCCUUUAAGUUCAGAUGUCCCCAAGGUGUUUGCAGCAUUGCCUGAGUUUUAUGUAGAAGACGUUGCUGAAUUUUUAUUUUUUAUUGUACAAUAUUCUCCUCAGGUGCUUUAUGAGCCCUGUACUCAGGACAUCGUGAUGUUCCUCGUGGUGAUGCUGUGCAACCAGAAUUACAUCCGAAACCCAUACUUAGUGGCCAAACUGGUGGAGGUCAUGUUCAUGACUAACCCUUCUGUCCAGCCUCGAACUCAGAAGUUUUUUGAGAUGAUUGAGAACCAUCCUCUCUCUACAAAAUUGCUGGUACCUUCCCUCAUGAAGUUCUAUACAGAUGUCGAGCAUACUGGAGCCACCAGCGAGUUCUAUGACAAGUUCACAAUUCGCUAUCACAUUAGCACUAUUUUUAAAAGCCUUUGGCAAAACAUAGCUCACCAUGGCACCUUCAUGGAGGAGUUCAAUUCCGGAAAGCAGUUUGUUCGCUAUAUCAAUAUGCUGAUUAACGACACGACCUUUCUGCUGGAUGAAAGUCUGGAGUCACUGAAGCGGAUCCAUGAAGUGCAGGAAGAGAUGAAGAACAAGGAACAGUGGGACCAGUUGCCUCGGGAUCAGCAGCAGGCCCGGCAGUCUCAGCUUUCUCAGGAUGAGCGUGUUUCACGUUCUUAUCUCGCCCUGGCGACUGAAACCGUGGACAUGUUCCAUCUCCUCACCAAGCAAGUCCAGAAGCCGUUCCUCAGGCCAGAACUUGGACCCCGAUUAGCAGCCAUGCUGAACUUUAACCUACAGCAACUGUGUGGACCCAAGUGCCGGGACCUGAAAGUUGAAAACCCAGAGAAGUACGGUUUUGAGCCGAAGAAGCUGCUGGACCAACUGACGGACAUUUACCUGCAGCUGGACUGUGCUCGAUUUGCUAAAGCCAUUGCUGAUGACCAGAGAUCCUACAGCAAGGAACUGUUUGAAGAAGUCAUUUCAAAGAUGCGGAAGGCAGGAAUCAAGUCCACCAUUGCAAUAGAGAAGUUUAAGCUUCUUGCUGAGAAGGUGGAGGAAAUAGUGGCCAAGAAUGCACGUGCAGAAAUUGACUACAGCGAUGCCCCGGAUGAGUUUAGAGACCCUCUGAUGGACACCCUGAUGACCGACCCUGUGAGGCUGCCCUCUGGCACCAUAAUGGACCGCUCCAUCAUCCUGCGGCAUCUGCUGAACUCCCCCACCGACCCCUUCAACCGCCAGAUGCUGACGGAGAGCAUGCUGGAACCAGUGCCAGAGCUGAAGGAGCAGAUUCAAGCUUGGAUGAGAGAGAAGCAGAGCAGUGACCACUAAGCCGUCCCGUCACACUUCUGCUGGAAACAGCCACGCCAGCCAGCCAGGCCCAAGCAGCAUCCACCUCGAAGCUGCUGCUCAACCCUGCAGCCAGAUGUGGCCAGAUCCUGAGAGCCCACCCCGAGUGACCAAACAGUAGAGGUCUGAGGGACAUGAUGAGAAGAGGAGCCGAUUCCUGUACAUAUAUUUAAGUGACAGACAGUCACAAGCGAGGGACGAGUUUUACGAUUGCUUGUGUAGUAAAGCACGUCCUUCGCCCGUCACACCCUGGGGCUGUGGCAACGGCAGUCUUUAGUGAUGGCGAGUGGGUCUGGGCAGCAUCCCCUGAGCUUUCGUUUUGUUUUGUUUUUUCGAUGUGACUAGAGAACUCGGACAUUUUGCUGCUAAAGAACCUCCCCCUUCCUGACCCUACUUGCACUGCUGUGGGUUUUUUAAAGAGAAACAAAACCAGACUCCUUUCCCAGCCCUCCAAACAUGUAUUCUGUGAGAUAACUGUGCCUGCGACAAAGUGUUAAUCUUGGGAUCGUAUUUUUAUAUCAUAUUCACAUACUUGUUUUUUUAAUUGGUGUUAGAUGACAUGAUUAAUAAAAAAAGGCAAGAUAUUUUCAGAAUUUGAAUUUCAGUUUUUUUUCUUUUGAAAUAGCCCUUUUGAAUUUUUUUUUUUAUUAUUAUUAUAAACAAAAUGAAGAGAGCCCUGUUGCCCUGGCCCUUCUACCAAGCAAGCCCUCGAUUAAGAUUCUGAGGAACAGAUGCAGCAGUGGGAUGGCUGAAGUGAUCAGGACUCAAGUGACUCGUGGGGUUUGGGGAGGUGAGGGUUGUGUUUUGUUUUUUUGUUUUUCUAAUCCUAUGUGACAAUUCCAAAUGUAUGCCAUUAUCCUCUGAGGAUAAAUAGAUUCCUCAACCCUGGGUUCAUUUGUAUGCUGUGUCCUUUUGGGGUUUGGCCUUACCAAAGCAAAAAAAAAAAAAAAAAAAAGAAGGUACAAGAAAUGUGGAAAUCGGAAAUCUGUUUGCUUGUUUCCGUGCCUGGACAAAUGCCACCACACAGGCGCGCAUGAGCAGAAGCUCUUUGUAUUACCGCUCCCUACGCAACAUACUUGAAUUCUUGAAUUUCCUUUGGGUGGAAAAGGAUUUGAAACCAUAAAGUGUUUUAAGGAAAUGAAAUCUUGAGAAACAUACUUUCUUUUCUUUCCCUUUCUCCUCUUCUCCACAGACAAUGUGCUCUGUUCAGUUCCCAACACAAACUCCAAUAAACGGUGAUGCCCAUUCGGACGGA